CCCCUCUGGUAGGGGGAGGAGAGCAGGAAGAGAACAAAAGCAAAGGUUACUGGCGAAGACAACGCGGCGUCAGUUGUGAAAGGUUCAGCCCCUCUCCUGGCGAAAUUGACUAACGACACUCAGUAGGAAGUUCGGGGCAUCGGGAAAAGUCCAAACUAGUCCGUGUCGUUGUGCAGAUCGAGACAGGUAUUUGGAUUCCGGAAGAACUCGAAAUUCAGGUUCAAGAACAGGAGAGAAUCCGAAGUUACAGCCGCAGGAUGUUUGAAAAAAGAAAUAUCUUCGUGCUGCUGGAUGUGCUGUGUGUGGUUGUGGCAUCAUUACCAUUUGUCAUCUUGACUCUGCAAGCUAAGCCAAAGAUUCGAGGGUUCUACUGCAAUGAUGACAGUAUCAAGUAUCCAUACAGAAGGGACACCAUUUCACACUGGACAAUGGCAGCAGUUAUUAUUCCAGCCUGCAUCAUCAUUAUUACCGUUGGCGAGGCAAUUAUGGUUCGCUUAAAACACCUGUAUUCACGAUCGGAGUUCAACAACUAUGUUGCUGCCUUGUACAAGGUGGUGGGAACCUUCAUGUUUGGUGCUGCAGUCAGCCAAUCAUUGACUGACAUUGCGAAAUACACUGUUGGGCGUCUCCGGCCAAGCUUUCUGGCGUUGUGCAAGCCCAAUAUGUCACUGGUGGACUGCACACAGUAUGUCCAGUUAGACGUUUGCACAGGGUCAAGUGUCAACAUCACCGAAGCAAGGUUAUCAUUUUAUUCUGGCCACUCGUCAUUUGGAAUGUACUGCAUGGUUUUUCUCUCACUGUAUCUGCAGGUCCGUUUGAGGGGGAAGUGGGCCAGGCUUCUGCGGCCUACCAUCCAGUUCUUCCUGCUGGCCUUUGCAGUAUACGUGGGCUACACACGGGUCUCCGAUUACAGACAUCACUGGAGUGAUGUCCUAGCCGGAUUUCUCCAAGGAGCCAUUGUGGCAAUCUUAAUUGUCCGCUAUGUUUCAGAUUUCUACAAACACAGACCCCAGUGUUCAGAGGAUUCAGAAGCUUCUGAGCCAGAGAGAAAACCCAACAUUCCCUUAACCGAAACGGAGCCGAUAAAUCACUAUGGCACCCAACAUGUUCCCUGAUUCACUGCUGGCCACCCCCCUGCCGACAACUCUGUGCCUUUCCAUCAAGCAUCAAAGGAGAGAGAUGCUUUCCCUUGUUUAUGUCAUUCAAACUUUGUUUUGUUUCCAUGCAUCGAUGUUCAACCUCCUGUGUGAAAGGACCUCUGCCUUGCUUUUGCAUGCUUGAGUUUUUGUGGUUAGAUACCAAUAGGCUUGCAGUUUGCAGGUGAGGCACAUAGCUGAAUUUUUCACACCUUGCACCAAUAAAAGUGUAUAUUCUUGCCACCCCCUGCCAUUAUCCCCACCCAAAACAAGUCUUAGCUCUGUGUUCAUAUUAAAAGUGUUUUGUACAAUUUAUGUAGAUUCCAUUUUUCAACAAGUAGAAUUCCAUCCAUUUUCUUGCUGUCCCAUGUCUUGAACAGAAGCAACUGAUUUAGGCGUUUGAUAUUAUUCUUCUACAAGUAUCUGCAAAGUGUUCCAGGACUUCCUUAUUCACUUUCCGUGGUCCUUCUGCUCUGCAUUAACACAUUACAGAAUUGGGCUCAUUAACACUCCCAAUAACAAGAAAGCUUAGCAUGGGAGAGUAGGAAAAGCAAACUUGAUUCCAGCCAACAAAAUCCUAUCCCAGGGUGAAGUAGGUAAGCUGUUUCCACCUUGAAUGAAGUUACAGAAGGGUUGGUGGACAGCAUGGCUUGUGCCAGUCAGAAAGAAAUAGUUAUAAAGUCCAUAAAUAAAAUAGUAGUUUUAAACUGGUCAGGCAACUGACAGUGAAAUGGUAUUUUUUUUUCCCUGUGUAAAUGUAGGUGCAUAACUCAGUCUUGAGAAAACUUGCUUUUAAAAAGCGUUUUGAUCAUCUAUCCAGUAUAUAACUAACUACUUGUAUAUUUUAAACAUUCAAUUGACAGAUUUCAGAAAUGGGAGUUUGUUGCAAUAUUUUUAUUAAAUUCAAAAGUUAUCCUCCAAGAUUUAAACCUCCAGACCUUUUUAAGCAGAAAGUUCAGGUAUAUUAACAGUGGUUGCGAUUCUGAAUGCUUUGAGAAAUGCAGGUGAACAAGCCCAGUGGCAAAGUACUUUAAUCAUAACAUUUUCAGAUAUAUUGUAUGGUUCAUUGCUAUGGCGCCAUUCACAGUACACAACAUCAUUCUCUUUGCUUUGAAAAUUGUUAUCAGCAUAAUGUCAGUUUUUCUUUCACAUAUCUCCCAUGAGCAAUAAAAUUAAGAGGCUUUUACACUGGUUACAGCCAGUCAAUGUGUAAUAAUGCAAGAAAUUUAAUACCUGCACCCCCCGCCAUUGAAUAUCUACUGUAUCCUUUAACAUGUAGUUACAGACCUUAGAAUAGGCUGUGCAGCAACAGUGAGUGUUGGCCAGUUGUCUGCAGUGGUAGAUGAGCAAGUUUCAGGCUCGCUGUGGUGCACCUUUCACCAUGGUCACAAUCUUUCAACAGCAGUUGAUAUUUCUAUCCCUGGGGAUGGCCCAAAGGAGCACAGAGUCAUGUGUUGGACAGCUCUGUGCAAUGAACCUCAUCAGAGACCUCCUCAUCCCUUUCCUGACCACCUUGGCAAGCACCCAUUCCAAAAGGAGAUGGAUAAUGGUCACAUCCUCAAAGCAGCUGCCUUGAGGGCAGUGUCUGGUGCUGCUGAGGUUCUGGCAGUGCCCAAAGGAUCUGCUGGAGCGGGUCCUUCUUACCAUGGUGCUUAAUUAAAGGGUCUGGUGGCAAGGGAUUCUGCCAAAUUACUUCUGCAAUCUGCUUGUGAAACUCUGAUAGGAUCCACCACCUCGCUUUUCCACAAGGUCUAGGAUUCUCUCUGCAGGCUGUUCUUAAUGUUUGCAGAAAUCAUUGAACAAAACCUGGAUGAUCCAAAUUAAUGGGGCUGGUGACCUGGCUAGAUACAGCCGUUACUUGACUGAAACCUCAGCACCCAGUAGGAUUUGGUGGUUGCACACCCAAGGUCGACAUACAUUUUGAUGUCGCGUUACACAAGGGUAGGCUUUUAGCUAAGUUUAAGUGUGCUGUUUGUUCUUGAGAACCAAUCUCUUGAGUACUGCAUGGGAGUUGUGAGUAACACGGCUGUUAUUUAAUUAUGGCCUGAUGGCAAAUAGUCACCUGCAGGGGAAUGUGAAACCCUGGAAUACAUCAGGAAUUUGAGUCAGAUUACAUAGGUUAGAGAACUAAGAAACCCUUGCUUAAUUUUCCAAUGUAGUUGUGGGAAUGGUUAUGAUAAAAAUCAAGAGCUUCAGUGUAGGAGAGAGUUGGAAGGGACUGUAUCAAUUCCAGAAAUGCAAGGGGAAUCUACUGCUAGAUUCGAUGGGGGUUGAUAUCUAGGAGGAGCUAGCAAACCUGUCUUUGCCUUAGAGUCGUCUCUGAUCAUCUUCCAGUCCAGAGUCCACUGAGGGAAGCAGAAAAGACAUAGAGCACUGCAGCACAGAAGUAGGCCCUUCAGCCCAUCUAGUUAAUGCCAUACUAUUAUGCCACCUAGUCUCAUAGUACUCCACAUCUGACUUAUCCAUAUGCAUAUCCACGCUACUUAAAUGGUGUAAUUGAACCGAUAUCAAUCACCUCCACUGGCAACUCAUUCCACACCUUCACCACCCUCUGAGUUGAAGAAGCUAUCCUUUAAGUUCCUCUUAAAUACUUCACCUUCUACCCUAAACCCAUAACCUCUAGUUCUAAUCAUGUCCAACCUCAGGGGAAGGAGCCUCCAUGUAUUUACAUUCCUCAUAAUUUUGUAUACCUUUAUCAAAUCUUCCUUCUUUCUCCUGUGGCCCAGGGAAUAAUGUCCUAACCCACUCAACAUUUCCCAAGGCCUCAAAUCCUUGUAAAUCAUCUCUGUACCCCUUUCAAUUUUGUUGAUAACUUUCCAAAGGAUAAGUCACUAGAACUGCACACAGUAUUCCAAAUUUGGCCUUGCCAAUGUCUAGUACAACUUAAACAUAACAUCCCAACUCCUACACUCAAUACUCUGAUAAACAGGCAAUAUGCUGAAAGCUCUCUUAAUGACCCUUUCUACAUGUGAUGUCACUUCCAAGGAAUUAUGGACCUGUACUUCCAGAUCCCUCCAUUCUACAGCACUCCUCAAUGAGAUGAACUUGUGUUUAUUCCAAAGGAGUGUCUUCAGAUUAUUGUAAUAAGCCUGAUGUAUUAAGGAUCUGGAAAUCCUUCUUUGCUACACUCUACAGUGGUGCUAGAAAGUUUGUGAACCCUGUAGAAUGUUCAAUAUUUCUGCAUAAAUAUGACCUGAAAUGUGAUCAGAUCUUCAUGUAUCCCAAAGCUGGAUAAAGAUAAAAGAAUUAAAUAAGUAACACAAAACAUUAUACUUGUUCAUUUCUUUAUUGAGAAAAAUGACUAAUAUUACAUAUAUUUGUUGGAAAAAGGUUGUGAACCUUUGCUUUUCGUAACUGGUGUGAUGCCCUUGUACAGCAAUAACUUCAACCAAAAGUUUGCACUAAUAGUUAAUCAGUCCUGUACAUUGACUUGGAGGAAUUUUAGGCCAUUCCUCCUUACAAAACUACUUCAACUCUGUUGGUGGACUUCCUUGCAUGAACUACUUGUUUCAGGUUCUUCAACAACAUUUCUCCAGGAUUAAGGUCAGGACUUUGAAUCAUCUGUUCCAGUCUUUUUUUUGAACCAUUCUGUCGUUAAUUUACUCUGGUCUUUUGGAUCAUUGUCUUGUUGCAUUAUCUAUUAAGCUUCAGGUGAUGGACUAGUCCCUGUCAUUCUCCUGUAAAAUGUUUUGAUACAAUUUUGAAUCCAUUAUUCCCUCAACGACUGCAAGCAAAGUAGCACCUCAAACCAUGAUGAUUCUUCUACCAUGCUUCACAGUUGGGAUGAAGUUUUAGUGUUAGUGUGCAUUGCCUUUUUCCCCUCCAAACAUAGCAAUGUGCAUUUCUGCCAAAAAGCUCAACUUUUGUCUCAUCUGUCCACAGAAUAUUUGUCCCAGAAGUGUUGUAGAACAUCCAGGUAAUUUUUGGAAACUUGGGAUGUGCAGCAAUGUUUUUAUUUUGCAGAGCAGUGGUUUUCCCUGUGUGUUCCAAGAACACCAUUCUUGUUCAGUAUUUUAACUAGAGUGGACUUUAGCAAGUUUUAGAAGUCUUUCUGCAGGUCUUUUGCUUGGGCUUGGGCUCUUUUUCACCUCCAUCAGCAUUGCACCUUGUGCUCUUGAUAUUAUCUUUGUAGGAUGCCCAUUCCUAGGAAGAGUGGUAACAGUGCUGAGUUUCCUCCAUUUGUAGACAAUUUCUCUUUCUGUGGAUUGAUGAACAAUCAGGUCUUUAGAAAUGCUUUUGUAGCCUUUUCCAGCUUGAUGUAUCUCUACAAUUCUUCUAAGGUUCUCUGAAAGUUGUUUUGAUUGAGGUAUGGUGCACAUAAAGAGAUCAUUCUUAAGAAGAGCAGGCUCUGUCAGUAACCUGACUUUGUGUGUCUUUUUUAUAGGGCAGGGUACCUCUACAACCCACACCUCCAAUCUUAUCUCAUUGAUCGCAACACCUUACUCCAAAUAGUAGAAGGCAUUACCCAAGAUGUUCAGACACUUUGCCCAACAAAUAUAUGUAAUAUUGGAUCAUUUUUCUCAAUAAAUAAAUGUACAAGCAUACUGUUUGUGUUUCUAAUUUAUUUGGGUUCUCUUUAUCUAGUUUUAGGACUUGUGUGAAGACCUGGUCAUACUUUAGGUCCCAUCUAUGCAGAAAUAGAGAAAAUUCUACAGGGUUCACAAACUUUCUAGCACCACUGUAUGAUUUUAAAGGCCACUGACUGCACAGUUCCCCAGCUUUUCUUGUCCCUAAUUUUGAGUAUGUAGGUGACAGUAAGUGGGAGAGUCUGGACCACCAAACUGAUCCAUCCUUCAAGACCAAAUCAAUAGGUAGCUGACUGAGGUACCUUGACUCUCUGGGAAUACGUUAGCCCAGAUCUGCAGUUCUAUCUGGCAGCAUGUCAGAUUUAUUGAGGAAGGACAUCUUCACUAUCAUUUACAGGCAGAAGGGGGGAGUAGGAACAGAACUGAACCAGCAACGCAUUGUACUACUUAUUGUGGAAGGUAAGAUGGUGGUGAGGAAAGCCUUUUUAAAAAAAUAUAUUAAUACAAUUUAAAUUGUUAUAUUGCUGUUCUUUAAAGAUCACUGAUUUAAUUGUAAAAUUGCUUCAGAUUUGUGCUGAAAUUUAUAAUUUUUUUCCUGUUAUAGAGGCAAUGUAAGGUAUUUUAUUAAGUGAUGUAAUAAAGUAAUUUUUAUACAUUU